AUGACACGCACCCCGUCCAUCUUCAACUGCCUAAUACGCACGCAUCACAUAACAUCACGCAAGAAACUACAGCACGUGCGCCGUGCCGCUCAGCAGCUUAACGUGGACUGGCUCUUUGUGCGCAGUGGCGGAUCCCCGGGGAUAAUGUUCGCCGAGGCGCGCGACGAGGCGGGACUGACGGAGUGGGUUGCCACGGUGCAGGCGCUGCGGUACAAGGAUUUCCGGUGCGUGGCGAAGCCGGCGCCGGCCGAGGGCGUGGCCACGGGGAGGAUGGGGUUUGAGGAGACGGAGUCGGUGGCGGUUUUCGCAAAGGUUAUGGACGAGAAGGGGUUGGGGACGUGGUGGAAGAGGGGGAUGGGGUAUGAGGGCUGA